CCGCCCAAUUCUACCCGAUGUUCUGAGAAUAUAGAAUUGAGCCGCCAUCAGCACCACAGAUGUGGUGAAGUGACAGUAUGCGGAGGGCUGUAACUAGAAGACUGUUGCAGGGGCAAGACGUCUGCCUCUUUUGCGCCUUAAGACAUGGAUUCGAGUAUCGGGCAACUGGCGCUCUCCAGCCUCAGCGCCGGCUUUACAAAUCGACAACGCCUUCGCGGCGGCCUGCUGGAGCGGCUGCUGCACGUGCAGAAGAGGAGGAGGACGGCUUUCAUGCACACACUCCUGCACCUGUGCCAAAGAGAGAGCUGCUUGGGUGGAAAUGUCGUUGCAAUCAUGUGAACGCAUCUCACAGAGCAGAAUGCACAAUCUGCACGAGCCCACGCCCACAAAAUGCCGAGCUUGUACACAAAGAGAACAACUCACAUCGUCAACCAACUUCCCACAGAUCACUGUCGUCUAGUUCAGCAUCCCCCGCCGCCUCUCGUGAACCGGCAAGACAGGAUCCGCCACUUUCCUCCGGCUCAAGCGAUCAGUCUACAAGCGGGCCCAGUCGCCCUAGAUUUGAUUCUAGGACAAUCCUUGACCAAGCAAAUGUUCCAUUCACGCCCUACCAGCCCGCGGUUCCCGGCCAACAAAGGCCUCCUCGAAGUGGUCGGACACGGCACGGUGCUGAUGAAUCAUUGGGAGAAAGCGCGCAAAAUCAGAGUUUCAGACAUCGAAAUCGACUCCCCACUUCCGAAGGACCGAUCAUCAAGUACAGCAGCCCCCGGGCUCCUCGAACGCAGCAAGACUCCGGCGCAAGAGAGGGUGGUUUUACGGAUACGUCUGGGUUUGGCGACCAGCGGAGGCCACAGUUUGAGUAUGGACGGAGAGAUGGGUGGCACACCAAUGGAAAAGCUUCUGGAACUGGCUCGCCGUCAUGGAGACAACCGGGAAGUUAUCAAAAUACACAUAAUACUCGGCCCGCGAAUCGACCGAUGAACGAUACUGUCCCCACCGAUACUCGAAUUGGCCGUACCGUCGGCACAACACGCCGCGAAGGGUCCGUCCCACGAGAUUCGAAUAUUCCGCGGUCUAGUUUUCGGGAGCCUCGUCAAUACCGAGAACCUCGUCCCGACUCACAGCAGCGCAACGGCUUCGACCGUGGGGGUAGGAAAGGGGCACCUCAAAUGACUCCACUGGAUGCUCGCAGGCCCGAUUCAGAUCGGACCGGUCGCGUCUCAGAAUUUCCGGCCAUUCCCGACGAUGGAGCUGUCGAGACUGUUGAUGCUGCAGUUCUUGACGGGUCUGAGGAAGACUGGUACAGGCGCAGGACCGCGGCGCAGAAAGAACGUAACAGAAGAGGCAGGGUCUACGAUGUCGAGACUGAGGAGCCCUUCCAUACUUCGCAGAUGGCUAGUUCCCCGGUUCGAACGAAGAGGGUACCAAGGCAAAGCACGCUUGAUUUUGACCCAGAUAUGGUGGAAGAAUUGCUUGACGAAACAAGUUCGAGACGCAAAAAGAAGAAGGGAGGGCAAGCUAAGGCGGUGCCGAAACAGCCAGCAAGACCUGAGAUUCGGCUGCCUGAAUUCAUCACUGUUGAAAAACUAGCCCAAUGUUUGAAGGUUAAGCUGCAGGACUUCAUCGACAAGUUGGAGGAAGAGGGUUUCGAGGGUGCUCGCUACGAUCAUAUCCUGGACUCUGGAACAUCAGCCAUGUUCGCCGAGAUCUACGGCUUCGAACCCAUCAUCAGUAGCGUGGAUGAGUCGCGGGACAUAGUCGCGCGUCCUCCGCCUGAGGACCCGUCUUUGCUGCCACCACGGCCACCUAUCGUUACCAUCAUGGGCCAUGUUGAUCACGGCAAGACCACGAUUUUAGAUUACUUCCGAAGAUCAAGCAUCGUCGCCUCGGAACACGGAGGGAUUACGCAGCACAUUGGAGCAUUUUCUGUUACGAUGCCCGGAUCCGAGCGAGACAUCACCUUCCUUGAUACACCUGGUCACGCCGCGUUCCUAGAGAUGCGGCGACGAGGUGCCAACGUUACAGAUAUCGUCGUGUUGGUAGUGGCGGCAGACGAUAGUGUCAAAGCGCAGACCGUUGAAGCCAUCAAGCACGCGCUCGAGUCCAAGGUGCAAAUCAUUGUUGCCAUCAACAAAGUCGACAAGGAGGACGCCAACAUUGAGCGUGUGAAGCAGGAUCUCGCCCGCCACGAUAUUGUUGUCGAGGACUACGGCGGCGAAUACCAGGCCAUUCCCGUGAGUGGGAAAACCGGUCAAGGAAUGGGUGAUUUGGAGGAAGCCAUCUUGACCUUGGCCGAUGUGGCCGACUUCCGAGCCGAGACCGAUGGUCAAGCAGAAGGCUGGAUUAUUGAAAGCAAAGUUGGCCCGUCUGGUCGGGUUGCCACCGUACUGGUACGCCGAGGAACCCUGAGACCCGGUGAUUUCAUUGUCGCCGGCACUACUUGGGCGCGCGUACGUACCCUACGGAAUGAUUCGGGCCAGUUGAUAGACGAGGCACCGCCUGGCACCCCUGUCCAGAUUGAUGGUUGGCGAGCGGGAGACCCGAUGGCUGGUGACGAGGUUCUCCAGGCCGAGAACGAAGCGCGAGCCAAGGAAGCAGUAGAAGUUCGACAAGAAAGAGAAGAAGCAGCCCGGGCCGUGGACGACAUGACUGCCAUCAACACCGUCCGCUCUGAAGAUGCAGAAGCCCGGGCAAAGGUGUUGGAAUGGGAAAAGGAACAAGGAUAUCUUUCCAUGAGAGCCAACAGACGACCUAAGGACAACGAGGGCUGGGUGGAGAAAGAACAGUCGGGGCCUAAACAGGUUCAUUUUGUCAUCAAAGCUGAUGUUGCUGGCAGUACUGAGGCUCUUGUCGCUGCAGUGAGCGCGAUUGGCAACAAUGAAGUGGUGGCGAACAUCAUUCAUAGCGGCACGGGAUCGCUGACGGAGUCCGAUAUCAAGCUUCUCGCCGCCACUGGUGAGGUCGGGUAUGCAAUCUCUUUCAACCAGCCGGUGGAUGCUUCGAUACGGCGUCUCGCAGAGGCGGCGCGCCUGCAAAUUCUUGACCACAACAUUAUAUACAAGGUCACGGAUGAUGUCAAGGAUAAAAUGAGCGAUGCACUGCCUCCAAUCGUCACCCAACGAGUGUUGGGCGAGGCUGAGGUGGGUGAGAUAUUUGAUAUCCACGUCAAGAAAGCGACGGUCAAGAUAGCGGGAUGUCGAGUGACUAAUGGAACCAUACGCCGAUCGGAGAAAAUCCGAGUCCUGCGAAACGGCGAAGUGGUGUACACCGGCAUGCUUAGCUCUUUCAAGAACAUCAAAAAAGAUGUCACCGAGAUGCGCAAGGGCUCGGAGUGCGGAAUGGGCUUUGAAAACUGGGAAGACUUCCAAGUCGGUGACCAGAUUCAGUCCUUUGAAGAGAUCAAGGAGAAGAGGACCUUGUAUUAGUGGCCGGCUGGUAUUCUGGACUGUAACUCAGCAAAAGAACGCCAGCCUGAUCUGAUGCGGAAUGAGACUGACAGAGAUCUGGCCAGCUGAGACGAGCAGGGAGGGCGGCGGCUACACAACAAGGCUGUAGCACGAGGCUGGCGGGUUUCGCCUGUGUCGACGUGGCUCAACCAAUCAAUGUCCGAGAAUCACCCUGUCUUGGCACGAAACUCCAGCGCGGCCAGGCGCCAACAUCGCGUCUCUAUUCAGUUUCUCCUCGCCAACCAUGUGCGUCUCUUCUUUGUGUCUCUGACGAGGCAGUCCAAACCCAAAAGCAGUGCAGGUCGCUGUAUAUGUUUCAGUGGCCGGAAAUUAACAUGUCUCAGGCGCUUUAGAAUUGUGUGGCGGUAGACAACUGCCUAACGGAGGCCAUGCAUUUCAUACAUACUAUAUGAUCAAGAGCUGUGUCCUGUAAGUUGUCAGGUCUGGCUUGUCGACUCUCUCCUCAAGAAAAUUCCUUUAUCAUCUGCUUGUUUUUGUGUAUCAAAAGUGUCGUCCUUGCGCCGGCGUGAACCCCCCUCACUCAACUUCCAACUAUUGCAUGACUUGGAGCACAUUCGGAGCAGAGUCGUUUCAAGAUACAGCGCUGUAAAUAUGCAACUCACUCUCGGUUCAUUGUGCUUGCUCAUUUUUUCAAGCGUGGCAUCGGCUGGACCGAUUCAUAUGCGGGAUAAUGUAAUACGACAUGCGAACGACCCGGCAAAGCGUUAUGUGGUCAAUGAACAUCUCACUAGAGCGCACAGUCCUCUGAGAAGAAGACAGGCAUCUCCACUGCUGGUUACGGGUGUGGAAGCCUCCAGCACGACUAUACGAAAAGGGACGGAGGACGGAUCGGUCCCUGCAGUCGGCGUUGGAGGAGACAAUACCAGCCUGCUGAGCUUCUUGACAUUUCCAAGUUCCCCGUCCACGACAACAGUCACUACAAUAGUGGCAGCCCCAACCACAGACACGGAUGGAAGCGCAGAGUCCGUGACUUCGAGGGCGGGAGAAAACACCGGCUCCGAUUCUACGCAAGCACCGGACUCGGGGACAGCAGUCCUCUCGGGUGCCGCUCAAACAGAAACCGAGCUCCAGUCACCGGCAGCCUCGACAACCACAAUACAAAUCCAGACCACAAUACUCAAGACUGUUCAGGUCACCGCUGAAGUGACUGCUGAAGCUACAACUACAGAUAGCGCGACGAGAGAGGUCGAGCCAUCAACCACGCCUGUGAAUGGUCAGCAAGGUCAGCAGCAGCAGGGACAGCAACCAAGUGCUACAGUUACUGUUGUGUUUGUCACUGCCGCGCCGACCUUUACUGGCCCAACUGCCGGGUUUAUAACACUGACCCCUUCCGAGCCGGCUUCAGUUAAGUGGUGGCAACCACAACGGUUCAAGCUGUAUCGUUAUCUUCGGACUCUAGCAGCGAGACAACUGGCAUUUCAUUGUCUGGAACGGCACCUCUGUCAAACCAGAGUAGUGCAACGGGUUUGUCAGUUCUAAGUCCCGACUCUGCGUCCACAUCGUCGCUCUCGGCCAUAACUGCAACCACGGCCCCUGCUUCGACCACUGCGGGUGGUGUAGCCGUGAUCCCUGUGACGCCGGGGUUAGUACAGGAUCGAAUCACUGUCACAGAGACGGUUACGACGACGGUGACUGCUAGAUAGGAGAUGCGGGAAUGCUGGUGGAACAGAGUUGACUUUGGAUGUUUCCUGCAAAUAAUAUUGUGCUGCUUGCAUGGAUGCUGAGAUAGAUUGGACAACGCAAGUAAUGGUAGAAUACCAGUAGCGCAAUGUUUAAAGGUGAUAUAUUAGAACGUCUAUACACCAUUGCAGAUUGCUGGCGCCAUAUGGUCUGAGGGGUGUUUGUACCAUAGUUUAAUGUUCAGAACAGAUUCAAGUGUUGAUAAAUAAUCCUGUAACGUGGC